AUGGAUCACCAACAACAGCAACCCUUCAGAACUGACCCGGCAGAGGUGGAGGCAUGGGCUAAGGACCUUACCCAGCAAUUCAGUCAACUGUUAGCCACUCAACAGACAAGACGUGCUCAAGAGGCUUUAAGGAAAAGAGUCCAGUCGACUUCAAGAUCGCGGAGUCGGUCGCCUGUCCCUCCCGCUCCCCUUCACCGACAUACUCCUUCACCUGCGCCUCCGACUUCAUCGUCGUCUGCCGCUGCCAGGUCUCCCAGGCCGCCGCCUGUACCGCCAAAGAUUCCUAACAAUUAUCCAUCUCCUUCUGCCCAAUCUCAAUCUUCAUCGUCAUCGUAUAUGACUCCCGCUCCGACAUCACCGCUACCAAUGUCUCCAUCGCAACCGCAGUUCCAACCCCAACCCCAUCCCCAACCCCAUCCCCAAUAUCCAUACCAACAACCUUCUCAACAAUCCGCUUCCGCUUCCGCCUCAUCAAGUCAUUUAAGACCUCCUCCGACUCCCACCAGACCCUUCACAAGAGUAAAUAGUGCACCGACAUCUUCUAACUUACCACCUCCUUAUGUUGCCGUCCGACCUGUUCCCCGACAACCCCAGCCUCCAUCCGACUCCGCUUCAACACAGUUUAGGAAUUUCUUGAUGGGUCUAUCGGAAACUCCAGUUAGAUAUGAGAAUCCUGGACUGUUAGAUAAUGCUUUGAGUGUUAUUCCUUUAGACCAGAUAUAUGGCGAAGCCGAAGAGGAGCAUAUGCUUUUCAAGGCUGAGGCUCAGAGUUUAGGCCAGUUCAAAGAAAAAUGGGGCUAUCAAGACUGCGUUAUCAGAGCCCUAUUAAGGUGGUUUAAACGUACUUUCUUCACAUGGGUCGACUGUCCAAUCUGUCCCAACUGCGGAUCAAAAACAGAACUCCAAGGUCUAACGCCACCCAACCCUGAUGAGAUUGUCCGAGGUGCGACAAGGACGGAAUUAUACAAAUGCCCAAAACAGGAUUGCCAACGACACGAGCGCUUCCCAAGAUAUAGCGACGUCUGGGCAUUGCUCGAGGCACGAAGAGGACGAUGUGGUGAAUGGGCAAACUGUUUCAGCAUGUUGUGCAGAGCAGUCGGUGGACGAGUACGCUGGAUUUGGAAUUCAGAGGAUCACGUCUGGACCGAGGUCUAUUCUGAUCACCAACAACGAUGGGUACACGUUGAUGCUUGUGAGGAGGCCUGGGACCAACCUCGCCUGUAUACGGAAGGAUGGGGUAAGCAGAUUGCUUACUGCGUCGCGUUUUCGCACGACGGUGGCGCUGCAGACGUUACUCGACGAUACGUGCGGAAUCCACGAAUGCACGGCCUACCGAGGACUAGAUGUCCCGAGGAAGUCUUGCUUUAUAUAAUCGACGAGAUUAGGGAAAAGCGACGGAAGAACCUAAGCAAUGAGGAUAAGAACCGACUGAUGAGGGAGGAUAUGAGGGAGGAACAAGAGUUCAAGGAAUAUGUCGCUGCUGUACUUGCUGCUGAAGUUGGAGCUGGCGCUGCUGCGCAUCUGGAAUUGCAACGGCCGUCUGAGGCUGAGAAGCGGCCGCGGGAGAGUGGACGGGGAGAAUGGGCACGAGUUCGAGGAGAAGAUGGUCAGCACAGCGGCCCUGCCAAUCGUCCCGGCGGACGCGGCGGACCCUGA